AUGUCUUCUUCGUCGUCAUCGUCUUCAUCUGAUGAACAAGGUUCUGGUAAUGGAAAUGGAAAUAGAGGUGGAGACUACGAAGGUCCAUCGGCUUCUCGCAGGCGAUUCGUCGACGGCGUCUGGCCGGAGCCAUUCGUGGAAUCUCUAGCUUAUCAGGUCGCCAUUGACGCUUCAAACUCCUCCGGUCGUCUCGCUGCCGGUCCCGCGCUUUUCAAUCUCUUUCAGGUUUGUUCAACCUGGCGUGAAGUGUCCCGAUCGGAGCUCCUCUGGCAGAACCUGACCGGUCAAAUCUGGAAUCGUCACCGUCUUCCCCAUCCCCACACUACAUGGAGAGAAGAGUUCAUAUUUCGUCACCGAACUGCGCGUAACUUCCGAUCUCGACGCUAUCACUACUCAACCCUCCACUUCAACGACAACAUAAACGGUGACAAUGAAGACGAAAACGAAGGCGAAGAAACCAUCCUCUCUUGCCGCCGCCUUGUCCUCUCCGAUAACCACCUUGCUGCUGGUUUCUCAGAUGGGUGUGUCCGUCUCUUUAGUCUUCCUUCGAGGGUUCAUCUCUCAACUUUCCGACCACACCAUCGAGACAGGCUCGGCCGUUUCUCACGAGCUGUCUCGGGGAUUAUAUUGUCGGAAACUCGGGUCGUCUUUGCUUCACAUGAUGGUGAUAUUCACGUAGCACCCGUUGGUAGUAAUGUUGUUGCGACACGGAGGUCUGUUUAUGGUGAUGUUCUUAAUGAUGGAGCUUUGGUUGACUUUUGUGGGAGUAAUCGAAAAUGGGUUGGUCUUUACGCAGGGGUUCCGGGUCGAGCAUUUCAUGUGUGGAAUGGAGAAAGUGAAGAGUUGAUCUUUGUGGGUGGGACACUAACCGACCCAGAAGCAGUUAUGGGUUGGCACCUCCUGACCGAUCUGACUGAAUUUGUGGGGCGAGUUCGAGUGACAAAUCAAGAACUAGCCAUAGCAUGCACGUCACUCCGAGUGAUCGUGUUCGACCUCGGAAACCUGGGGUUCAUAAUCUCCGAGGAAGCACCACGGCGAGGCGUAAUCGUCGGGUCAGUCGAUACCAACGGCGAGUCUUUAGCAAUGGUGGAUAAUCGCGGUUUGGGUAGCGUCCGCUUGCCGGAAACUUUGCAGGAAGUCUGUAGGUUCAUGGUAAGGGGCGUUGGCGGCGGAGGAGGAGGUGGGGGAUUAGUUGGUUGUAUGAAUUUGGGGUAUGUUGUAAUGUGCGGCGGCGGAGGAAUAGUUAGGGUUUGGUCGGUGGACAAUGGUGGUGGUGGUGAUGGUGAGUAUCUGUAUGGGAUGAGAGAGAGGAUAGGUGGUGGAGGAGGAGGAUUAGGGUUUGGAAAUGCGAUAACUGCUGAUGAGAGACACGUGGCAGCAUGGUCGGGAGACUUGACUAUUCAUUUGUGGGACUUUGGGGCAAGAUAA